UUUUUGGAUCUAUCAAUAGGUUUGGCCUCCAUUUGAGCAAGUCUUUCCACUCUCAUGAUUGGUUUUUCCAUGGCACCCAUGCCUCCUCUGGAUUUCAAUCUCUUUAAUCAUUCCCUUGCUCAACUGGAACCUUUGCUGCAAUGAGUAGGCCAAACGAUUGUGAUGAUAGUAAGCCUCCUGAUGAAAAAUCUGAUGGAUUCAUGAAUGGAGAUCUCUUGGCCACCAAAAAAGUUAAACCUAUUCCUCCACCUUUGGAUUUGAGUGUUCGUAAUCUGGAACUUGUUGAUGGACACAUUGAGCAUGACAGAGAUUCAUUUUCUGUUAGCCCAAAGAGUCCAAACCUGCAGAAGCACUUGCCCCUCAGGAAAAGAGCUUUCAGUUGGUCAAACUUGCAGACUGCCUCAACCUCUCAAUGUGAGGACUAUGGUUCACUCUCAAUUGUGUUCCCUGCCCCUUCCAAAUGUGAUAUCAGUCCGAAGCCAUCUUGCCAGUCAAGCUCAUCGGCCUCGGCCAAGUCGGAAGUUCCAUUCAGGGCCCCUCAACUCAAUGAUGCAAAAUCCCUAAAGUUCUCAAUUGCCUCUCUUGGUCUGGAAGGCCUUUUGACACCUACCUCCUCCUCUUCAUCUCAGUUAUCAGCAUCAGGGAGUGCAGAAACUCUAAGUGAUUCAACAUCUCCAAUUCCAAGCUCUCUAGUAUCCCCACCUCCACUGCUGCCCUUGAAUCUAUCUCAGGACUCUCUGUGGAGUCCAGGAGUGUGUAGUCCAGUUUUCAAGCCAGUUUGGGGCUGCUUUCAAGCAGGAACCAAAUUGCGCUUAUCAGGUGGAGAUGACACCCAGUGGAUUCCUGUUGAGAAGUUGGCCAGCAGUACAACAGCUUAUCUGGUCCCAUUCCUCCCUCCCCCAUCAUCUCCUCUGCAGGUGAGCAAGAUAGAGCGUGUGGCCACUGGAAGUGAACUGACUUUCAGCUUGAUACAGUUCCGGCUCCUGGACUCAUCAAAAGUGCUCAUUGCAGCUUGUCCAACUGAACAUCCUUUUUUAGUUCAGGAGAAGGGAUGGUCAUCGGUCUUCCCCGACUUGACCGUUAGUAAAUAUGGAAUGCCAUGCAGAGAGCUGAAGGUUGGAGAACUGUGCAUCCCUCCUGGUUAUGCUGAAGCCCAUACCUCUCUAACUCCUGACUUCUGUGCAAACUUCCAAGUAUUCACUUUCCCACCGUCUGUCUCCACCAUGUCCCCAAUCAACCUUGCAUUUGGGAGGGGAAACCCCUUCCUCUCACCUCCUCCCAUCCGUGGUUCAUUCCCCAUCCCAAGCCCCCCAUCUUCUCCAUCAUUUGUUUCCUCCCCCUCUUCUCGUUCAGCAGGAGCACUGCCUAUUUCCAUGGCAUACGAUCCUGAUCGACCCCGUCGUCCCAUGAAUGGCUUCAUGCUCUUUGCUAAGCACUUUCGGCAGGAGAUGAUUCAGACCAACCCUGGGAAAGACAACAGGUCCAUCAGUAUUCUUCUUGGAGAGGCAUGGAAAAAUCUUGAUGCAACACAGCGGGAAGACUACUCUCAGCGUGCCCGACAGAUUGCAGACGAAUACAAGCGUGUGCAUCCAGACUGCUGGAAGCGUCGUCGCACCAAAGUGAAGCAAAGAGAUGUGAAGAGUGACAUGCUUGUUGCUGGAGAACCUGUCCAGGCCUCGAAUCGCUGUCACCUGGCCUCUUACACAGGUCCAGGCAGGCAUAGGAAGUUCCAGUUGUUCUUCUGA